CUCUGCCCUCUUCCCUCACCCUCUCUCUCUCUUUCUCUCUCUCUCUCCCUCCCUCCCUCUUCAUCAUUCAUUCCCUUUCUCUUACAUCUCUCUCCUGUGUCCUGCUUCGACUCAAACUGAGCAGCCAACAUGUCUGGACCUCCGGGGACCGGUAUGCCUUCGGCCCAGUCGCGCAUGGAGAUGGCGAAGGACGUGAAAGACGAGGACAAACUCUACAAGUUCGAGGGGGUGACCUACUCCGCCAUCAUGAGCCCGGCCGAGAACCUGGUGGCCGCUAAGACCAUGGAGGCGCGGGCCGACGACGUGAUGUUGGUGGCCUAUCCCAAGUGUGGAUUCAACUGGAUGGUGGCUGUGCUGCGUAAAAUCAUGGCUGCGGCCAGUGGGAAGAAGGAAACUCCCGACAUGCCCCCACUGAUCGAGUUCUUCUCCCCAGACACGCAGAAGCUCAUAGCUCAGCGGCCGUCUCCGCGGUUUCUGGGGACUCACCUGCACCCUGACAACAUCCCCGUGUCUUUUAAAGAGAAGAAGACCAAGAUGCUGGUUGUGUGGAGGAACCCCAAGGACACGCUGGUCUCGUUCUAUCACUUCAUGAACAAGAACCCAGUGCUGCCCAAUGUGGAGUGGGACCAGUUCUUCUCAGACUUCAUGAGUGGGGAAGUGGGCUGGGGAUCAUAUUUUGACCAUGCUCUUGCUUGGGAUAAGCUCAUGGAUGAUCCAAAUAUGAAGAUUAUAACUUACGAGGACCUCAAACAGGACCUGAGUGAAGGCAUUAGGCAGAUCUCCCAGUUCUUUGGCUUCCCCCUGACUGAGGAGCAGGUCCAGACCAUCUACUCAGAGACGACCUUCAGCGCUAUGAAGGAAGGCAGUUCUCAUGGCAAAAUGGGCAGCGUCUUCUUCAGGAAAGGUGAGGUGGGCGACUGGAAGAACCACUUGAGUGAGGCCCAGAGCCAACAGAUGGAUGAGGAGUUCAACAAGAGACUAGCAGGAACCAAACUGGGGGCCCUGCUCAAAUACGACACCUACUGCAAGUAGGGAGCUGUUACACAGAUGCUUGCUUAGUUGAGCUUUUUGUAUCUUGUAGCAUAUCCAUAAAAAUCCAUAAAACAUACCUAAUCUUCAGUGUCUAGAAAUCCCCUUACACCUACUGCAAGUAGAGAGGAGCAUGCACUGUUGAUAAUGCUGUUUUAAAUGCUGUUAUUGUUUGUAGUAAUUGGUUUUGAAUUAAAUACAUGUGUCAUUUUGUGGUUAAAGUGAAUGUACUGUACAUACAGAAGUGCAAGUGGUUAUAAAAUACAUUAAUAACCAAUAAAGUAUUUCUCUGUA